GUCCAAGCGGACCUAGGCUAGCUGGAAUGGUGAAGGAGAUAGUGCAGAUGGGUGCAUGUAUGGGCCGCUGCCUCCAUGCCUGCAAAAGUCCAAGAAAAUUCAGAAAUCGGGGCUUCCAUUAUCAACGGGGAGAAUUCGUGGAUACUGAGGCAAUGCUGCGGGCAUCAUCAGGAGGAGGGCCCAUAAGGUAGCACUUUUGAGGCAUCACCUGUGUCAUCAUUCUUCUUUGAUUCACACCCCUGCAAUGACAAUGAAACUCCAACCCCAAUAUGCAUGAUAGGCCUAUUUUACCCACCCUUUUCUCAAACACAUUAAUAAAUUAUAGGAAAAAUGUAGGUAAAUGGUAGAUAAAAAUUGACUCUUAGAUGUGCAUGCGAGAGGGUAAUGCCACAAGGUAAAAGUCCUUUCUUCUUCCCACAUGCAGCAUUUCACGGUUCUUGGAGCGCUGGUCUUUGCAUAAGCAUCAAGGGGAUGAUGAGCUAAGUAUGUUGGAGUUGGAAGAGACAGAGCCAAUAUCAGACAAUCUCAUGACCAUAAACCCAGCCAGCCUGGCUCAUAGACAACUUCCCAUUCCUAAACAAAGUCCAGCUCACAGAGCUUUGAUGAGCCAGAGGGAACACAUCACUUCCACACCUCCUUCUUCUAUCGACUUGGAAUGGGAACUGGAAUGUGGUAUGCCAGAUCUCAUUCUGGACUCUCAGAAACGAUUGCUAAAAAGUGAAGAGGAGGAUGAAGAGGAUGACAGUGUCCGUCACUUGGGCUCAUCUCCAAGUACAUCCUUGGAAUGGGAUGCAACAGAGCAAGGAAAUCCACCAUUGGGGGACAAUCCAAUGUAUAACAUUGACCAUGAGACAGAAGAACUCAUCCAAGAGAUAGAACAGCUUACAGCACGUGCACUACAAGAGACUGGAUUGCCUCUAAGGUGAUUUCUCAGUGUAAUGUACCCUUAUUCAGUACCCUGAAUUCCCACAUAACAAGCUUCCAUGUGUGCAAACCCAAGCGUUUCCUCAUAACAGCAAUAAAUGGAAAUGUAAUUUUGGGCUGUGAUGCAGGUCUUCAACACCUGGAUGUAAGAUGUAUCAGAUGAGUUGGCUUCCUUCAUAUUAAAAUUGCUCCAUGAAUGUGAUUCUUUGUGAUUUGAAUCUGUGGGUUAUCUGUGUUAUGUCAAUGUGCUGAUGGUCAGAACAAUGUCAGUAACUUAGUCCUUUAUGUGCUUUGUGUCAUAUCAACAGCAGUCAUGGGACACCUUGCCAAACCUUGUGACAUGCAAACAAUCCCCUUUUGUGCUGAAUUUACUUGAAUCAUGGAAGAGUGGAUUGAAUGUGCUUUUCUUGUUACAAGAAUGGACCCCCUGAUUACAUUGCAUUUAUAUUGCACUUCCCUAUUAUGGUCAAUCACAUCAUCAGUUUUUGAAUUAUAGUUUCAUUUCUUCCCAUUCAGCAAUCAUGUCAUCAGUGAAGGAAAAUAUAGAUUUUUCCUUGACAUAAAAAACUAUUCUCCUACCUCAGUAACUAGCAGAGCAUCAACAGAGGCCUAUUGCAUGAUGCCAUUUUCGACAUUGACCAUUAUUUUAGAAUAAAUUUGUCAGUGGUUCAUACCUAUUUGUCACCCUCAUGAUGUCAGCUAUAUCAUACAUUUUUGUAUGUUUUCAUGCAGAGCAACCAUGUGGUAAACCCAUGUUUUUCCAUGCAGAAG